AUGCAGCCCCCAAAAGCCACCGUCCGCCCCAUCCAGCGGUUUGCCUCGGCCGUGUCCAAGUGCUCCGUCGAGUCCGCCGCCUACGGCAAAUGCAUCCUAGCAGACUACAACUCCGUCCACAAGGACAUGUGCGUCAAGGAGUUUAUGCGCUUGAAGGAUUGUUACAUGGUGUGUAUUUCUCCACGUCCACUGUUUAGGUACUUGUACCACUUCCUCAAAGGGGGGCAAAGCUGA